CUAAAUCAAAGACUCCACUACAGCCCGCGUCACUAGAAGCGAACAGCGGAUGGGACCGAGAUCUUCGGACUAAAUGGAGCGUUUCCACUGUCUACUCUUCUUGGUAUUCUUCUGGAAUCACAAGUCUGGGAGGGCGAGUGAGCUGAAUGUUUCUCAGCCCGCAUGGCUGGGCGUUUCAAGCACAGGCAAGCCUGCUCUGGACUGCAUGCACAACUCUGACAACAAUACCGAGCUGAAACUAACAAUUCUUAAGGGGAAUCAGAAAUCAUUUUUUUGCUUUGGUACCACAACUGCAAACUCACAGUCUUUCAUAUCAAAUGAACCCCUUCGCUGUCAUUUUGAACGGAUCCCAAACAAAGUCUCCGUCAUGAUACUUGGACUGAACUCUUCAUUGGUCGAUCAUUAUUAUUGUAAGAUUGAGAAAUUGUAUCCUCCACCUUACGAAUCCAGACUUGGAAAUGGUACAUUCAUCUACAUCAAAGCAGAAGACAUGAAAUGUUCUCAGUUUCCCUUCUUCCUGAUUGUGGGAAUUCUACUGCUUCUGCUUCUAAUCUGCAUAGUUUCCGCCAUCAUUGUGAUAACCAAAAAAAAAGUGAAGAAAACCAACGUGAAUCCAGUGUAUGAGCAAAUGGCGCCCACUAGAGGGAGAAAAUAAAAUGGUGGGAUGCAGGCUGAUGAAGAAGCGAUACUACGCAACCUACAUGUACACAGCUAACAAUUCUGGGAAGCACACAACCACAGUUCCAUGAUGAAUUUGAUUGCAAAUCCUACCUGUGAUUGGGUACCUGGUGGGAUUGAUUGGAGGAUUGUGAGAUCCAGCUCUUCACCACAUGAUGAUCUUCACGAUUGAUACUGUGCACGGUGUAAACUACAGUUCACACAAAUUACCAGACUGACACGACUGAGGGCUGCCACCACCGUACAGGACACAAAUGGGAUUUUAUUUGAGUUGGGAGGUGAGUGUAGGGUGUAUCACAGGCUGUCUGUUCAGCAGGACUAUACUUCAUGCUCCGGUUAUGCAUAAUUAAAGGUCGUUCCAUGAGU